AGAAAAUUUCAGUGUGAAGUGGGAAACAAUCACUUGUACAAAUCAGAUGGAUUUACGACGCAGUCUGAUAAAGCAGCAAAGAAAAAGAAAAUCAUCCGAACCUAGGAUCGGAUCAUCAGCAGCCACGUGAUGUCGCGAUUUGCGACAGUUCUCCAGCGAUCCGCUUUUGGUCUACCACCAAUCGGAAGGCUAAGAAAUAGUGCCAGAUCCGCAUGCCGCUAGUGCCACGGUGAAGCGAUGUCGCGGCGAUGAGAUGGAUGUCAUGCCGAAAGUUUCGACCGUGUAGACCUGUCGCACAACCGACCCAGCUCUAUUAGCUACCAGUAUCAAAAUGCCCAGCUCUUGUAAAGAAAUAAGAGCUGCCCUGGCGCAAUGCCUCCAGGAAUCCGAAUGCGUCAUGGUCCAGCGACACACGGCCGCCGAAUGUCUACGGUCACCUCUGGCCGAGACGCUCCCUACCAAGUGCCAGCAGCUCAAGAAGGGCUUCGGCGACUGCCGCCGCGGCAUGAUCGACAUGCGCCUUAGGUUCCGGGGCAACAUGCCCGUCACCUUCAAGCAGCUUGAGGACACGGAGGACGAUGGCAAGGGAUACCAGCUGUACGCGGGGCGGAGUGCGUUUGCCAGUGGUGUAAAGAGGACCGACGGCAACGAGAAGGAGCCCGAGGACUGGAGGGAGGCCGAGAACCGCAAAUACAGGGAGGAUCAAAAACAGAAGCUGGAGGGGUUCCAAAAGAAGUGAUAGUCAAGCCAGCGUAGGGCUUACCUUGUAGGUUCUGGAGGUAUUAGCCUCUGCCCAUGAGAACCGACCGAAUGUACGACCAGGGAUGAUAUACAUGUGCUAUUACAACAGACUCGCCAUCAUAGGCAUUCCUUCUCACAGGGUGACCAUGCUUUCUUGGCCACAAUCUAUCUCAAGACAUACGCAGGCUCGGGAUUGAUGAUGUACAUCUAGAUAUAUGAAAUGCAUCCGAGUGCUAAAUCACCAAACAGACCGACCAUAUACGCUCGAUGCGAUUAUCUGGCGGUUCAGCGGAGGUCAUAGGCCUCCUCGACUGACCA